UCAUGCUUCACAUUAUCUAUCACUCGCGAAUCACAGCCCUGUAUCUGUACACUUUUACCAUUUGGUUGUGCUCCAUGUUAUUUCUUUCAUCUAUGAAAAGCAAUCUUUAAAAGGAUACAUUUGAGCAUAUAAAUAAUAGUCAACAUUUGCAAGGUUUAAACUUUGUUAAAUUCAUCCAAAUACUUUACAUCCUGUUGUGCAUGGUUGCAACAUCUUGAGUGCACGACAGCAUGGCUGUCAAAGAAGAGAGCUCGUGAGUUUGUACAACAUGGUUUAUGUUGUAAAUAAUUGAUUUUGAUCCAUAUGCUGAUCACUUGCACGGUCGUAGAUUUCAUCCUACAGAUGGCUUAAUUCGCCCUUCGCCUCGAAAAUACUAUCGUGCUUCCAUAUGUCCAAGGUACGGAAGAUCUCCGUUGUGCGCAUUCGUGUAUGAAUCAGAUGCGAUGAUGUGGAAGUUUGUGCAUUAUCGCAGAUUCCUUGAUGGCGUCUAUUCAAUAAUCUGUUCUUGUAAAUGUCUGCCUGAUACCGUACUUGCUUGUUUGGCAGUCGUUGGCGUCUGCUGAAUGGAAUGGGGAGAUUGCUGACUUUACAUAGUCAUUGGCAGUUGCACGAUUUGUUGAGUUCUCCAAAGCAGGAUAUUGUUUACUACCCAAGUUCGCACGACAUAAUCUGUCUUAAUACCAAAUCUCGCUCCCGAGAGCUUCUCACGACUUUAAAAUACGAACCGCGAUGUUUGAUAGCCGCCAAGGAUUGGGUAUGCGCUGGAGGAGAUAGGGGUCAAUUCACGAGCUUUUAUGUAGGAGACGGAGACAGACCCGGCAAGACUGAUUCGUUUCUGGAACUUGGUGCCGAUGCCGAUGCUCGUUUACCUCUCAUCCUCCAACCAACUGCAAGAGCAAUUCAGAGGGAAUCUUCCAACGAUUCCCGAAGAUCUAGUCCUGAUGCUACUACUCCACAUGUAUCGAAGAGGGUCGGUUCUGAUGUUGUAAACUGCAUAACACUUUGGUUUCCAUCAGAAUCAUCAUUACAGACGGAAUAUACAGAUCCAGUGGCUGUUGCGGCACUCAACGAUAGUUCUGUUACUAUAUUGAGUUUACAUGACUCCGAGAUUUUAGAUACCCUCAAAUACCCUGAUUAUGUGAAUCGUGCUGUAAUAUCACCGAAAGGUGAUCUCCUCGUUGCAAUGUAGGCCUCCAAACUUUACUUGAGAAUGACAAUUGAUUAACUUUACACAGCUGCGAUGAUCCAUUCCUUUACAUUCACAAAAGACAGAUGAAGCAGGCAUCGAGGUCUCGUUUCAGCUCACAGAUGAAUGAGUACGAAUGGGUGUUCUCUGGCAGGAUUCAGCUGCAAGGGCAACGACCAGCGGAUAAAACUUCUAUGAGAGGCUCAUUCGCAUCAUGCUUUUCUCACUCGGGCAGAUAUCUUGCUGUAGCCACUCAGUAUGGGGUUAUAUCAAUUUUCUUGACCGAACUCCUUACUAGUGACGAUGUCGAUCCAUUACUAGUCACUUUCACUACAUCGCGACCUAAUGUUGAAUCUGGAGCUGUCAGAGCCAUGGAAUUCUCGCCAAACUCCUUCGAUCUCCUUGCUUGGACUGAAGCCAACGGGCGCAUUGGGGUAACAGAUGUACGGGAUUUGUUUACUUCUAGGCAAAUAAUCGAUAUCGAUUCUCGUGGGGAUGGCGUUGAACGGGUUUGGGUGAUAGAGCGCUCAAAUGAACCUAUGACGAUAGAAGCUAGGAUUGAUGCAAGGCUUCGUGCUUUCCGUACUGAGUCGCCCUCUGAGGCUUCUGCAAACGCAAUACCAGACUAUCUUGGCUUGGAUUUUGAGCGACAGCAACUAAGGAAUCUUACUCGCGAUUUGACAGAUAGACACCAACUUCCGCCAACCCUUGAUGAAAUGGAGAUAUUACAGGCACAUCGAAUGGCCCGCCGGCAGAGAGACGCAGCACGUGAAGCCCAAACGCAAGCAAGCAGCUCCAGAUGGGGCACCUUGGAUGGAGAAAGAUCGGUGAAUACAUCGACAACAUCUCGCGAUGGUUCUGGCAGCACAGAACGCCGCAUAUCUACGACCGGUCUGCCAAGUGCUUUGCGGGAAUUCGUGAAUUCUGAUCGCACCCCUGCUUCAUUCCGAGCGUUCAUUGACAGGCAAAACCAGGAUCGAGAAAGACGCGCAAUGCAGAAUGAGAUUAGACGGCAAGCAUCAUUAGUAUCAGGUGAUAACUCCAUGGAUAUUGAAUCUGACAGAACUCUACGGACAAGCGCAGAUACAUUUUCUGGUCUGGAACGUCUGUCGCUCGCUCCUCGUCUUCCUACCACAAGCUACGAGACAGCCCCUAACGCUUGGGCUGAGCUUGAGGAGAUGUAUCGAACGCGAUUUCCUCGAGAAGCCCAGUCCGCAGCUCAAGCUGAGGGAGUGGAUGAAGAAAGUCGAGCCUCUGCUCAAAGAUCAAGACAGCAACCAUGGCGACCCUUGGAUGCACUUACUCGGCUCAGUCUUGAUGUAGGGAACGAUAAUAAUUUAUCGAGGCGAGAGCGAGAGGGUAGGAGCGAACCAGUUGAAACUAUGGGGCUCGCCUGGAGUGAGGAUGGCAAGUUACUGUAUGCUCUUUUUCCAUAUUCCAUAUUCCUGACGCUAACCUUUUCGUAGAUAUAUUGGAGCUGGAGAUGGUAUUCAUGAGUAUCAGGUGAAUUUGGCGGCACGGAAAAUUUUUCCUCAUCGUGUAUUACAAUAGUUGUAUAUUGGGAUUUGGAAGGUCAUUCGAGGGGAUUGGAGUCUAGGGGUUUAUCGGUGUAGGACGCAUACCAGAAUGCCCAUGAAAUAAUCUGUUUGAGAAGUACAAGGCUGACGAUUUAAUACCUUCUACUGAAUCCAUAAUUAGCCAUUACAAAUAUUCUUAGUUUAAUUGUCGCUCUUGAAAAAGCAAAUGGCAGCAACCUUGGAUAUUAGUACUCAAUGUUCAGUGAAAAGUCAUGUGAUACAUCGUGCCUCCGUGGUGCCUAAACUAAGCUGAUUUGAGCUUCACAUCCUUGUCUAGUUGCUUCUGAUGCCUUGAACUAAUUUCCAAACUAGAGAUAUAGAUGAGGUGGGAUAUCAAUAUAAAUAGUUAGGAUAGGUACUAGAUAUACGUCGAUCUAUAUGUAAUAUAUAUAUACAGCUCAUGCCAACUUAAAAAUCUAACUCAUCACACAAAUAUUCUUUUCCUUAAACUUUAUUAGCCGACCUCCUCAAUUUCCUCUCAACUAUUUCCUCGGAACCCCAACCUACCCAUCUCAUACUUCGACGGUCAUGGAAGGUAACCCUUCCCAACUCAAUCAGCUAGAACCAUCAUUUAGCAGUCGUGAGAUCGCUAAUCGAUUUGUGAUUCGAAGCUAUCUGAAUACCAUCAAAGUAAUAAAUACCAAGACAUUCCAAACUUCUGAAAAUUGAUAACAAGACUGAUCGUUAUCCAUGUAGUAUCGUUUUCAAGAUGAUCCCACCAUCUAUGAAAAAUUCAUAUACUCCACUGAAAACUUCCAAGAAGGUGGGAAUAUGUCAUCUGAAGAUCUUGAAAUGGUUCUCGAAGUGCUCUUUCGAGGUCAUGAUGAUUUGAUUCAGGAGUAUCAUGGUCUACGGCCUACUUUUGAGGAAGCGCGGACAUUUUUCAUGGAAAGGAAACGCAAAGAGAAGGAAGCGGAAGUUGAGGAGAUGAAAAAAAUCGCCGAUGCCACCCAAAGAGACCAUAUCCGAGCUUGCGAAGUGCAAAGUAAAUCCACCUUACUUGGUCUCCCAAGAGAGAUCCGAGAUGCAAUUUGGAAAGAUGUUAUUACCGAAAACAUAGUUCAUAUCUCGCGAGAUGUCGAUUCCUCAUCUUAUUCCUUCCAUUCGUGCGUAGCAUCUAGUGGUCUAAAAAGCUCCGCCUGCCCUUCUGGAAAAGGGGAUCAUACACAAUGUGCUACCACGGGCCCAUCCGAUUUCCCUUCUUAUCGUCUGAUAUGCAAACAAAUCAAUCUUGAGCUUCCAGACGCCCAAGGAAAUUUCUUUUCCGAAAGUGUUUUUCACUUUGAUGAUUUGAUGGAGGCGGAGGGAUAUCUUUUUGGAUUGAAAGAGUGUGAUCGAGCUGCUAUUACGCAUUUGAGAUUACCGAUCCCCUAUUCAUUAUCAACGGAAAAUAAAGAUUCGGGUCCGGAGUUUCAGGCGUGGGAAGCUACUAUGAAUUAUUUUAGUUGUCCUUGGGUGAGAGAAACGGUAAGUUUUUUUGUUAAAUUAAAUCUAUGGUCACUCUCCGGAAUUUGUGUAUAGGAUACUUUUACUUAUAUAUCUCAAUAUUAGCUCAAUAUCGGUGUCCACGAUAGAGACAAUACACAAUACCUAAGAGACCCAUGGUACUUCUACUAUUCCUCCUGCUACUAUCACCACAACCGCCACCGCAUGCAUAAAAAAUGGCAAAUUGGUUUCGGAAACACGAGCUGGGAUAUGGAUAUUGCAUCUCUGCGAUACAAAGCAGAACCCAAACUGGAUAUAGGAAUGAACUAUCCAGUAUCAGGUAAAUAAUUUAUCCUCCAUUAUCCCAACCCUUUUUUUCCCCCACUUCCUACAAACCACCUUCUUCCCAUCCCUCCAUUUUCCCAUCCUCUCACACACAUACAUCAAACACCGCACUCACCAAAAGCCCAGCCCAAUCCAUAUUCCGUCCCUACGACCCCUACACCUCCAGCGCACCCUUCCCAACCGAUCUCAACAAUCACCCUCUGUGGCUACGCUCUCUCCUCCAAUUUCGCCAAUAUUCCGGACUCAAUUUUCAUUUUUGGAAUGAGAAUGGUGUUACGAAUGUGCAUCGUCAUGAAGAAUUCAUAGAUGCCCUAACGGAACGGGUGUCGCGAUCGGAAAUCGGUCCGUGGAAGGUGGUGGAGUUUAGAGGGGGGAGGUUUGGAAAUCCAGAUGGGCAUUCUUUGAGGGAUUUGUAUUAGAUGGUUUGUGGUUCUGGAUGUGUGUGAAGUCACGCAAGUGUGUGGGUAUGGAAUACUUGAAAAUGUAGAUUGGCAUGUUGGGAGUUAGAAUUAGA